UGGUCCGCCUCUGCCCUGCACUUGUUCUCUCCCUCCGCCGCCGCCGCCGCCGCCGCCCCCCUUGCCCCGAGAGGUCGGAGGAAUGCCCGGCGGCCGAAAGCGCCCGGCUCCGUUCGCCGGAUUCUCCCCCUUCGCUCGCUCCCUCAUUUUCUCCGUGGCCUCCUCCUCCGGCUCUUCAAAACCACUACCUCUCCCCGAGGCUUCCUCCUCCUCCUCCGCCGCCGCCGAAAACCCUCGAGACAACAUGCCGCGUCCGCCAUCCAAGCGCGCGAAGAAGCAGGCCGAGCCCUCCAGCGACGAGGAGCGCAGCAGCAGCGAAAGCGAGGAAGAGAGCUUUAGCAGCAGCGAAAGGGAGGAUUCUUCGGAGGAGCUCGAGACGGUGCAAGCGGACUUCGCAUUCUUCGACCCCAAGCCAAGCGACUUCCACGGCGUCAAGCUGCUUCUCAAGACUUACCUCGACUCCAAGCCCUGGGACCUCACUGGCUUCGUCGACCUCAUCCUUGCGCAGACAACGGUCGGCACGGUUGUCAAGUUGGCCGAUGAGGAGGAAGGGGAAGGAAAUGGUGGUGAGAAGACCAAUACCACUAGUGGUGACGAUGAUGAUCUGUUUGGUCUUAUUAGCGUGCUUAAUUUGGGACGAUACGGUGAACUCCGCUGCAUCAAGGAUUUGAAGGAGUAUCUAUUUGCUGUUUGCGGUGACAAGGAUACCAAGAAGAAGCUCAAGUCCCUGCUGGAAGAGAAAGUGUCUAGUGUGGGCCUUCUGGUGUGUCGCCGCUUUGUGAAUUUCCCGUAUGAACUAGUGCCUAAGCUGUAUGACUCACUCUUUGACGAGGUUUCCUGGGCAACAGAAGAUGAGCCAACACAAGAACUCCGGGACUCCUUCCGAUUCAACCAGUACCUAUUGGUUGUCAGAAUACUGGAGAGGAAAACUCCCGCAAAACACAAAGCAAAUAACAGCAAAGAUGAAGAUGAACCUGUUAUCUAUCUGAAGUUAGAGGAUGAAAUUUUUCGUGAGCUUAGCUCAUGGUCUUUCACUUUUCCAAUAUGUUCUGAACAGUCAGCUCAGCAGGAGAUGAAGAAUUACAAAGAGAUGGGCCUAGUGAUGGCGAUUAAUGCUGAGGCUGUUCCUAAGUUCCGCAAGAAGUUGGAGGCUUUGGUAUCCGAAUAGUAGUCAUUCUGGGUAUAGCUACUCAAUGUGGAAUUUUGCUGCUGUCCACAUGGUAUCACAUUUUUCUUGUUGUCAGCGCUCCAGUAAGUGCCAUUGUUAGUGUGACCGCAAAAUGGGUAUGUGAUUACAAGAAGGAAUCACUUUUAACUCCAAUUUUUCAUGUACUGAUAUCAAGAGAUUUUGAAGGUUGCGUGGUUGUUUUAGGA